CACUCCGCGAGUAUACGCGACAACACUCCGCGCGCGCGGCGGACACCCCGCGAGAAAUAGCACCGGUAUACUCCGAUACCAGCGGACGAGCCGCGAGUCGUCCGCGGAAAUCCCGGUGCCCGGAAAAAUUUCGACGCGAAGCGGAAAAGCGGGCGAAACGCGAUCGCGACCGGGGUACGGCACGCACCUUCCCCCCCCCCCCCCGGCGAAUACUUGUACGCGUGUAGUGAAUCGGGUGUCUCCGAGUACUCGAGUCUUUCCCGGGUAGGAAAGGGGUACCGUGCGUGACAAGGGGUACCUGGCACGAGGUCUACGUUUUACACGCGAUCGCAGUGCGGACACUUUGCGUGACAGACGCACCGCGUCUAGUACCUGUAUUCGGUAGUAGGACACUCGAGUUUUGGCGGGAGACGGACGGGUGUUUUCUAAGUUUUCUUUCAUCUAUAAAAUCUAAAAAUUUUGGAGUCGCGCCUGGUGUGCUCAUUGAUGAGUAAUUCGGAUACCGACGGGAUCGAGAGAUCCACAAUUGCAUCGUUUGAAAUCCGCAUUCUGCUGUUUGAACCGCGGGAGUGCUACGGAUAUUCUGCGAAUACUAAUAUUCGUUACCUGACAAAACGAAUAUUUCAAUCUGAAGAUUGGCAAAAAAUCUUUACUUUUUAAUCGAUUGCAAUCGAGGAAAGAAAAGGUACUUUCCAGGACCAGAAAGAAAUACAACCAAUCGUUUGAACAACCACCGAAGACUCGUUCCGCGAGAUCGGCGAUUGAUUUAUCGGAGAACGGGAGCGUCGCGUACCGUCCGACCGACCGGUGAAGUUGAGCACCUGACAGGUCUUCAGGUAGCGAACCGGAUAGAGAUCCGAGUCACUGCGGAAGGCGGACACAGCUAGAGAACGCUCGUAUCUCUCGUGAAGAGGGGGACGUUCUUACAUGCGCCGUCGUCGCGCCGUCGCGAGUCGCGAGUACAAAUCGCACGCGAGCAAACGCCUCGGCGGCAGUACACGUGCUCCACGACCUACGGCGUACGACGUCGCGACGGCCGACGCUUCCGUCCCGUCGUCGCCGCAGCUCGCCGCACCGCAACCGCAGUGAUAAAUGUGCCGCCGUUGUCAAGGAUGACGUCCCGGCCAUUCUCCAAAAUGAUGACCGCCUGGAUCACCCUGCUGGCCCUCGGCACCGUUUGUCGCGGUGUUCCGAUAGCCGACGAAUCCGUUGAGACGACCACGAUAGGAGAUAUCGGAAAUGUCUCGGAGUCGACUCAGUCGACCAUAGUUCCCGAAGCGGAGGCCCAGUCCAUGGACGACAUACUGCCGGGAACGAAACCGCCGCCGAUCGCCGUAAUGUUCGUCGACAUCCCGGAGCACACGGAAACGACACUGGGCUCGUCCGUGCUGUUGGCAUGCCGGACCGCUAGUCCUGUGGCCGAAUGCCAAUGGUCCUGGCAGCCAUUACCACCGGUUCACCUGCCGCUUCCGGACGUCAGUGAAAGCCCAUCGGUUUCUACGACCACGACGAAUCCGACGAUCGCGACCACGGCAACUCCCACGACCCACCCAUUGCCCGUACGACAGUUUCCCGCGUUCGGGAACAACAGCAACGAUUGCUCUGUGAGAUUCUCCAGCACCAAGCACGAGCAGAUAGGAUACUGGACCUGCGCGGCGAGAGCCUCGACGAGCGAUCCUUUCACCAACACCGAUCCUGCCAAGCUCAGCAUCGUCAAUGCUAACGAGAUCGUCAUCACGUUCGCGACGCACGAAAAUGUCGUCGAAGUGCCGGCGGGAUCCUCGGCGCAGAUAAUGUGCCAGACAAAGUUGCCGGUGCGCGAAUGCCAGUGGUCCUGGCGGCAGCUGAACCAGUCGCAACCCUGGAACCUCGACGUGAAAUCGUUCCCAGCCUUUGGUAAUGACAGCAAGGAAUGCAGCAUCAAGUUCAAGAACGUCCUGCCGGAGCAGGAAGGCUACUGGACCUGCGGUGCGCGAAUAGACCCGAAUUCCUCCUUCACCCAGGCAACCCCCGUCCGUUUUCUCAUAUCGGAAGUCGAGUUCGUGCAGUUGUCGCGCGGCGUGCAGGUUGCGGCCGGCGAAUCGGUCUUCCUACGGUGCCUGGCGAACAAGCCGGUGGUACAGUGCGAGUGGUCGUGGAGGGCGUCGAACUCGAGCAAGGAACCGCUGCUGGUGAAGAAGUUCAGUCCAAACAAGGACGCCGAACACGACUGUUCCGUGCGAUUCAAGAACAUACUGUACGAGGAGGAAGGUCUGUGGACCUGCGGGGUACGUUUGACGCCCGGCGGUAUCCUGCACACGGCGCCCGCGGCGACUGUCAGCCUCCUGCCCACAGCUAAGGUGAGCUUCGUCGAGGUGCCGACCGACACGGCGGUGCCGGUAGGCGCGGAGGCCACGCUGAAGUGCGUCACCAGCAGCCGCGUGGAGAAAUGCGUGUGGACCUGGAAGCCGUUACACGGCAGCGAUCCGGAGAUCGUCCUCGACCGAUUCCCGAGCAACGGUGAUCUCGGUCGCGACUGCUCGCUCCAUCUUUCGCAUGUGUACUCGGAGAAACAGGGUCACUGGAGCUGCCAGGUAGCCAUCGUGUCGCUCAACACCGUCCUGACGUCGCCGCCCGCGAAGCUCAUGGUCUACGAGCAAGAGGAGGUAAAGUUCUCGGAGCUGUCGCAGGAUAUCCAGAUCUCCUCCGGCGGCAGCAUUCUGCUGCGCUGCGUGACGUCCUCGGCGGUGGAGCAGUGCCGGUGGUCGCUCACCCCGGUCAAUUCCAACACCACCGUGGUGGUGAAGCAGUUCCCGGCGGCCGGAAACGAGGCCCGCGACUGCAGCGUCCGCCUGAGCCACGCUCUCGCCGAGCAGGAGGGCCUCUGGACCUGCGGCGCUAGGGUACACGGCCAGCAGAACUACACGGACGCGCCGCCCGCGAAGCUGACCCUCCUUGAGCCAGAGCCCGUCACUAUCGCGGUUUGGGCCGCGCCUCACAAAAUGGUCACUCUUGCAUGCAGAGUCGGGUCUGUGUCGUCGAAGGCCAGAUGCCACUGGAUCCACGCCCCAAAAGUUCACGUAUAUCAGAAUUCCAGUAGGCAGCUUGCAAAAAAAACGAGGCACAGCGUGCAAAUGGAUUACACCACGGGUAUAUGCAAGCUGCUCUUCAAACCGGAUCAUUCCGAUUUAGGACAAUGGACCUGCAGAUUUACCGUCAACAAUGACGACGCCGAUGUCGAGAUAGGAAGCGCGACGCUCGUUUUGCUGAACACUUUAGCAGAUGAGAAACUAGGAUGGAUCGUGGGGACCCUGACGGCCGUGAUCCUCUUCCUGAUGAUAAUAGUCGUGGUACUGGUGGUGUGCAAGGCGCGAAUAUUUAUCCGUAAAACGCCCGAAAUUUUGGAAACCUUACCUCCCGGCGAGAGGAAGCAGAACGCGAGAUCAGGCAGCGAGAAAUACACCGUGAAUCAAGGGAAGAUCAAUUUUCAAUUCGUCGAAGACAACAGUCACACCGCGAGCCUCGAAAAUGUCUUGCCUAACAGAAGUCCGCGUGUGGAGAAGAUUCAUGGAGAUGGAGUACCGUCUAAAACAUACGAGAACGUUGGAUUAUAAUAAUACACCUGUGUAGUUAUCAACAUUUAGAUGAGGACUAUAUUUUGUAAAAGUUACGAACGUAUGAAAAUUACAAACAAAUGUCGAUAUUUUAUACAUGUACAUAUAAUCUCUUUAGCAACCUUAAUAAAUUCAAUAUAUAUAUAUAUAUAUAAUUAGUACAAAGAUUAUGUAUUCCUACAGUCUUUACUAUAUAUUUAUUAGUACAGGAGCGUUUAAUUAGUAAGAAGCGAAUAAUUACAUAAACACACACACAUCCCUCUUCUUUAAAAAGGUUGUAAUAAAUAUAACGUAAAAUCAAUAUUCGCAUCUAAUUGUUGCCUCUUUUUUGUGAUAAAGAGACACGACAGUGCCUCGCGCCAAGUGUAAACACCUGCGACACGGGUAAGAAUAAAAGAGAUUUCAAAAAUAAAUAAUUAUAUUAAGUAAAAGAUCAUUGUAUUCUUAGUGGCAACUCACGAGCAAAAUCUUCGACAUUAAAAUUCUUUAUUGGCAGAAAUAAAUAAUAUCAAAUAAUUAAUUAAAUUAGACUUGAGUUUAUUAUUCAUUGUAUAAAGAGGUUUUGACAUGUAUCCCAUAAGUAUUUUAAUUAAAAAAAAAAGAUAUUUUUCUAUAAAUUUAAUUGUUGAAUAAAAUCAUUUUUUUUUUAAUCUGACGAUCAAAUUAUAGUCCAUCCAUUUUUGAAAUAAGAAAUAUUUCUUAUACAUAUAUAUUAUUGUAUGUUACUUCGUAUUGUGAGUGACUGUCAGUUCAUGUAUUAAAUUUGUUAAUAGCGCAUAAGUUUAUCAAUUACUAUUCAUUAAUUAUACAUAUUAAUUAUUUUCAUAAAGUUUUUCUUCAAAAAGUGGAAGAAAUUUUUAAUAUUAUACCUUUUAAAUGUUUAAUUCAAUACACCUGUUGUAAAGAGUAUCGUGAACCGUUAUAAUAGUAUGUUUUUACAAUUCAUAUGUUGAAAAGAUUAAUAUUACGCAAAUCUAUUAAUAAUACAAGUGUUGACAGACAAAAGAAUAAUGGUUUUAUCAAUUUUUCGUAAUCAUAGUAGCAUUGCCGACCUCUCCCUGUAGAAGAAAAUGAUGCCAGCGAAUGGCAAGAUUGCGACAGAACACGAACCGCACGGACAUUCUCUUUGUUUCGUCACGCAUGUGUUUGUUUGCCGGCAAAACAGGGCAGAUUGUGAUCAUUGUGAGCAAUAGUAUUGAUAGCAAUAAAAAAUGCCACGAAAAUGUGCAAUAUGUGAUCGUGUGCUGAUCGGUGAUAUAUAUUUUAUAAAUUUUUCUACUAUUAAAUUAAUUUACAUAUAAUGAUGUAAUUGUAUUCAGAAAACAAACUUUGUUGAAAUCAAAUAUAACUUGUGUCUCACAAUUUUGAAAACUAUUA